AUGGCAUUCUUCAAGAGCUUCCAGCAGAGCCUGCCCUCGGUGUCAUCCAUCUUGGACUCGGUCACUAACGCGGUGGAUGACCUGGCCUUUGCGGUGGGCGAUGUCACCUACACGGUCAGCGACCAGCUGGCAGAGCAGGUCAACAGCAUCAUCCACAAGGUGCAGGCAGAGGAGGCGGAGAGGCUCCGGAGGCUGGAGGCCGCCGAGAAAGCGGCCCAAGAGGCUGAGUUGGAGGCCGCCCAGGCAGGCAGGCACAAGCUUACGAGGCAGGCUUCUUUCAACCACUCCCGGGACCCGGAGGCCUACACAACUGACUACAGCACGGGAUCUGCGCUCUCCACUGAGACCUUCUCCACCUGCAGUGACCUCUCUCAGUCCGCUGAGGGAGCUAGCACACUGAAAGGAGCACAGGGUAGUGACCUGUGGGAAGGGGACAAGCCCCAAAAACAAAGAGACACAGACAGUGCACCCUCUUCCACAAAGCCUAGAGCUAAUGGACAGAAAUCACGGGGCACUGAUGGCAAUGAGGUCAACUCCUCAUCUACUGACAACAAGAGCUACCCGGAUGGUGACCUCCAGGGCUCGUCCUCCGACAGUGAGGAUGAGGUGAUGGGGAAGUACCAGGAGGCCGUGUCGCGCUCGCAGGGCCUGCGGGGGGGCGACCCCCGCCACCAGAAGGGCUAUGGCUGGGAGACGAGGCAGAAGUACAGCCCCCUGUCGGCCGAGUAUGACGGCUACAGCAGCGAAGUCUCCACUGAAGAGGUGAACUGCAUCCAGAGGAUGAGGCGAACCCCGCCGCUGGACGAGCUGCAGCCGCCGCCCUACCAGGACGAAGACGGGUCUCCCCGCAUGUCCUGCACGCCCUCGGACAUGGGCGACGCCAAAUGCGAGCUGUCCCACUGCAGCGACAGCCCCCGCCACUCCUACAGCAAGUGCCCGAGUGAAGGCAGCGCGGGGCAGGAGACCGAGAGCUACCUCAACAAGGGCUACGAAGAGGACGUGCCCAGCGACAGCACAGCUGUGCUCAGCCCCGAGGACAUGUCGGCCCGUGGCUCAGCAGCACAGCUCCCCAAGGGCUACGAGCCGGAGCCCGCCGCCAAGUACGGCACUCUGGACGUGGUGUUCGACUAUGACUCGGAGGAGCAGCGGCUGAUGGUGACGGUGACGGCCGUGACAGACAUACCCGCCCUGAAGCGGACGGGCAACAUCUCCUGGCAGGUGCACCUGGUGCUGCUGCCCACCAAGAAGCAGCGGGCCAAGACGGGCAUCCAGAAGGGCCCGAGCCCGGUGUUCACCGAGACCUUCAAGUUCACCCACAUCGAGUCGGAGAUGAUCGGCAACUACGCCGUGCGCUUCCGCCUCUACAGCGUGCGGCGCAUGAAGAAGGAGAAGGUGCUGGGGGAGAAGGUGUUCUACCUCACCAAGCUCAACCUGCAGGGCAAGAUGUCUGUGCCUGUCACUCUGGACCCCUGCUGUACACUUCCGGGCUGUGAUUCCCAGGUCAGUAUCUCGGAAAUGUCAUGCAGCGAGAGCGCCUCGUCCUUCCAAUCAGCGGGCCAGGGCUCGACGCCAGAGAUCCUGGUGGGGCUGGUCUACAACGCCACCACAGGCCGCCUCUCUGUGGAGGUCAUCAAGGGCAGCCACUUCAAAAACUUGGCUGCCAACAAGCCACCCAACGGGCUGUUCUGUUGUCUAAAACACUUGAUAGGUGGACAGGUUUAUAUAAUCAGAGAUACCUAUGUUAAGCUGACCUUGUUGAACUCAAUGGGCCAGGAGAUGUCCAAGUGCAAGACGUCCAUAUGUCGGGGGCAGCCCAACCCCACCUACAAGGAGACCUUUGUUUUCCAAGUGGCACUUUUCCAGCUAUCAGACGUGACCCUCAUCCUCUCUGUCUACAACAAGCGCAGCAUGAAGCGCAAAGAGAUGAUUGGCUGGAUCUCGCUGGGCCUCAACAGCUCCGGUGAGGAAGAGCUCACACACUGGACCCAGAUGAAGGAGUCCAAGGGACAGCAAGUGUGUCGUUGGCACAGUUUGCUAGAGUCCUAGGAGGAUGGUGGCAGAGGAGAGGAGGCAGAAGAAGGAAGAGGGAUGGGGCAGAAGCUUCUAGAAGAGGCCAAACUGUCCCCCAGAAAGUUGAAAGGCGGAGCGACCUGGAGGUUGGUACGGCAGCCCUGGAAAAUAAGAGACUGAGAGUCAAAGAUUCUUUGUCAAAUCACACACGGAAAAGAUUCAGAUUAAAUGUAUGGCUUGGGCAGGGCUGAAGAGAGCACCUCCUGCUUACUUCUGGUGACCAACUGGGCUUGCAGGGUGGGAGGAAUUGACCUGGUGGGAGAUGAGUGCUGUAGGAAAUCCAAGCAGGACCAGCAGGCUUUCAGGCCCAGAUAGAAUAGAAUAAGACAAGUAGUGGAGCCUGAUGUUUUUACCGCCAUUUAAAUGAAACGGAUGGGGUGGCUCUCUGAGUAUAAUGUAUCAACCCAAAAAUAACCUCAUCAGCCUCAGAGAAGUAUUUGAGAAGUGAAAUGAUUGAGAAGUUCUGCCCAUGAAGGUGUAAGAAUUCAAUCCUUCUGAAAAUCCCAGGCUGGCUAUGAUGAUUGUACAUGUAAUGAUUAGGCCUUGCCAGCAGUGCCAGUGCCUAUUGAAGUAUCCGCUCCAAAUUUGUUGAAGUUUUUAUUCAGUCAGUUUGUUUUGCUUUUUGAUUCAGAACAAUUGAGUUUCCAGGUAGAUACGUAUGUUACCUAUUUCCACCUUACACUGUCACUGUCACUGUUAAAUGCAAACAGGUGUGCACACCUAGAGGGCUGUCAAACUAAUACUAAGCCUUGGGCCUAAAACUAUCCUUUGAAAUAGCAGGGUAAAUUGGUUAAUAUGUGGAAGUCAUCAUUGUAACAUUAACUCAGAUUAACUGAGUAAACUAAGUCCACAAUUUAAUGGGAAGGAGCAUACAGAGACACAUGCAGAGGGCUUAGACAAUUCCUAAAUUUCUUAACAAAUUUAAAUCUGUAUGGCAAACCUCUACUGUGAAAACAUGGAGCAAUGACUGUGUGGUGAGAUGAUCAUGGGACCUUCCUGGCCAACAGUCUGGUUUACUCUGAGCAAGUAUCGCUCAUUACGAAUGCCAGCCGUACAUACAUAGCCACUAGAAUAGGAAAUUAAAUUUUCUCCCAGAGGAAAACAAUUAGCACAUACACAGUGCACCUUCUUCUGCAACCUUUCGGUGCUAACAUUGUUUUCC